AUGCGUCUCGUCGUCGCGUCCGCGACGCUGCUCGUCGUCCUCCACCUCGCGCUCGCGCUCGUCGUCGUCGACGCCGCCGACGCGUCGUCGUCGUCGUCGUCGUCCGCGCGCUCGCCGCGCGUCGCGACGUCCGCCGCGUGCGCGCUCGAGACGCUCGAGACGCGCCGAGGAAACGAGCGCUCGUCGUCCUCCUCCUCCUCCUCCUCCUCCGCGGCGGCGCUCUUGCGCGUGACGCCGUGGCUCGGCUGCGGCGCGCAGCUCACGAUCGGCGUGGGAUGGGACGCGAUCUUACCUCUCGACGACGACGACGACGACGACGACGACGACGCGAGGGAGGCGCGAGCGGCGACGGCGGCGGCGCCCUCCUCUCUCUCGGACGCCGCGCCGCCGCCGUCGCCGUCGUCGUCGUCGUCGUCCGGACGCGCCGUCGUCGAGACCGCGGCCGCGCGCGUCGACCCGUCCGCGCCCGGCCUCGCCGCGGUCGCGAUCGCGCUCUCCUCGAACGUCUCCGUCGCGCGCGCGCAGGCGGACGCGACGCGCGAGCUCCUCGCCGCGCUCCCCGAGACGGAAAAAGUAGCCGUCUACGUCCUCGCGUCGAACCCUUCGAACCCGAUCCUCCUGACGGACGCGCGCGCGCUGCGGCUCGGCGGGGCGCGACACGCGCUGCGGCGCGUGGACGAGGUCGUGGACGCGCUGCGCGCGGCGAUACGCGCGCUGGAGGGGACGAUCGUCGGCGGCGGCGAGUGGGCGGCGAGGACGCGGGCGCUGUCGCCGCCGCUCGCGGGCGUGCUCGCGCGCGACGUCCUGGCCGCGGCCGCGACCGCGCGCGACGACUCUAACGACGGCGACGCCGCGCCGCUCGUGGAAAACGCAUGGGCGCGAGGGGUUACGAGAGUUAUAAAGGAAAUGAGUCGAGUGGACGCGCACGCGGAAGGCGCGGUGAGCCGCAACGUCGUCGUGAUCGCGCCGACGCGGUUCAGAACGGCCCUCACCGUCUCCGACGUCUCCGCCGACGCCGACGCCGCCGCCGCCGCCGACGCCGAAGACGUCCUCGGUCUGUUCCACGGCGGCCGCUGGUCGCUGUCCUGGCUCACCUCGACGACGGAGCGCGACGUCCGAGUGCGCGCUGGACCGGGGAUGGAGCUCGAGGCGGCGUGGGACGCGACCGGCGCGAACGCGUUGGCGUCUCAGCUGCUCGCGCGGCGGCGGCGCGUCUAUCGCGUCGGCGCGUGCGAAUCGUCUUCGAACCGCGCGGUGUCGUCGCUCGCGGCGACGGACGACGACGACGACGACGGCGCGAGCGACGACGCGUCGUCCGCGGCGCGCGGAAAAGGAGGAGGAGGCGAAGGCGGCGCGUGCGCGAACGCGUUCGCCGAGACGACCGCCGACGCCGACGACGAAGAAAAUGAAAACGUCGUCGCCGUGGAAGCGCGCCUCGGCGGCGGCGCGCUCGGCGGCGUCCUGCGAUGCGCGUUCCCGCCGCCGCCUUUCGACGCGACCGCGCACCUCGCGACCGCGCGGUGCGACGCCGCCGCGGCGUCUCUGGACGAGUACCCGUACCCCGUGGGCGACUCCGUGACGUUGCGGAUGACGCGCGCGCAGCGGGACGUCUUCGACGGCGGCCGCGCGUUCCUUCGAGGCACGUGGGAGGAGAUGCUCGCCGCCAAAUCGGACAUGCGGUUGUCCGUCGUCCUGGGCGGGGAUCCUCGAGGAUCCGACGUGUCGACGUACGAUUGGUCGAACACGCGACCUGGAUUUGAUGACGUGGAGCCACCACUCGCGCCGAGGCCGAGCGGUUCCUCCGCGGCCGCGACCCCGGUGAGAGCGAAGGCGAAGUUCCGAGGCGUGAGCUCGUUCCGCGACUGCGUCCGACGCAAGAGCCUGAAGGUGAACGUCAAGGGAAAGACGAAGCUGCGGCUCGCGCGCGGCGCCGCGUCCGAUCGGUUCCUAUUGAUCUCCAUGUGUUACGACGAUCGGUAUCUGAAGACCGCGCUCGUCGCGGGGAUGGCGGCCGAGCUCGACGUAUUCCCGCACGCGUACGGGUACGUUCGGCUCCUCGUCGAGAACCCGGCGGGACCCGGCGGCGAUGCUGAGAACGGCGCCGACGCCGGCGGCGGAAAAAAUAAGGGUAACGUCAGCGGCGGCGUCGUCGCCGCGUCCGCGUCCGCGCCGCGCCGUUGGGAGAACGAGGGUCUGUACCUCCUCGUGGAGGACCCCACGAGCGCGCUCGUCGGGUCGUUCGCGCGCCCCGCCGCCGUCGUCCGACGACGCAACGACGCCAAGCGCGCCGCCAACCCGAUCAAAGGCACGCCCGACGUGAAAUUCCCCGAGGCGUCCAAGAAGCUCGAGGGCGCGCACUCCAGAUGGAACGCGGAGAACGCGACGCGCGCGCGGUACGACGAGAUCGCGUUCGUCGCGUCCUCGUGCCUCCCCGGGACGUGCCGCGACGCGCUCGACCGAAGGGUGGACGUCGAGCAAUACCUGCGGUGGAUGUCGCUCAUGACCCUCGUGCAGAGCGGCGAUUACGUCGACGAGGCGUGGUUCUACGCGAGCGAGACGGGGGACGCCUCGUCGCCGCUGCGGUUCAGGGUGCACGCGUGGGACCCGGACGACUCGUUCCAGAGCUGCCAUCACGGCGGCGUGAACGCGCUGCGCGAUCCGGUCGGGUUGUUGUACUGCGCGGAGGGGGAUUUGGACCGCGCUUUGAUUCGAGACCCAGACGUGUACGCGAGCUUCGUAGAUCAGGUGCGAUUUCCUUACACUGGUCCCCAUACGACCGCGUUCGCGUGGUGA